AUGCCACUGAACUCACAGACGAGGCUUUUGCCAUUGAGACAGAUUGAGCUGCCCCUCUGUCAGGCUCCGCCGGAACUAAAAAUACGAACUGAUCAAGAUCUGGAGGUCUGGAAAUCCACGAAGGGAUAUUCAGAUUAUCUGUUAUUCCUACACCGGCUGAGUGAAGCAGUGGUUGGCCACAUGCUUUUGCCAGAAAUCCACAAUAUACUCGGUCUCCUGGAUACCUUGAGCGACUGGGUCGAUGAAAUCCCGCCGCUUCAGACUCCUCAGCGCUUUGGUAAUCUUGCAUUUCGUGCAUGGGGAGCUCGCUUAGAGGAGCGUUCUGAGGAGCUUCUUUCAAAACUGCUUGGCGAGAAGUUUGCCUCUGCAUCUCCAUAUUUGAAGCCUUAUUUGCUUACUUCAUUUGGGUCCUUCCUGAGGAUGGACUACGGAACUGGCCACGAAUCGUCAUUCGCUAUUUUCCUUCUUUGCCUGACCCUCAUACGAUUUUUCAAACCUGAGCCAGAUGAAGAGCGGCAUUUGGUCCUCAGCGUUUUCGUACGCUAUCUCCAGCUGUGUUGGAAGCUCCAGGAUGUCUACAGGUUGGAGCCUGCUGGCAGCCAUGGCGUCUGGGGUCUCGACGAUUAUAGCUUCCUUGGAUAUAUCUUUGGAAGCGGACAGUUACGAGACCAGACGGAUAUUACUGUAGCUUCCGUCCUAAACCCCCCGCUUCCCCAAAGCAACCUAUACUUCAUAUCCAUUAUGCGGAUUCAUCAAGUCAAACACGGUCCUUUUUACGAACACUCCUCUCAGCUUCACUCAAUCGCCGUUGGGGUUCCCAAUUGGGGGAAAGUCAAUAAUGGGUUAUUCAAGAUGUAUGAGGCAGAAGUUCUGGGCAAGAGGGUUGUAGUUCAGCAUCUACCCCUGGGCGGUUUGAUCGAAUGGGACACCCACGUCGCUCAGCCUCACGCGCCACUGACGUCGCGCGAUGUACCUGCUUCCGCGGACACCCGUGCUCCUUGGGCACACCCUCGCUAGUGAUUUGGAGUCUUAUCUUGCCGACUGGUCAUACAAAGUAUUUUUCUGCAGUUACUGCUCACCGAUGUCAAGGAAUGGAUGGCGGUUCGCAUCCCUUAUCAACUUUACGGAAUAUCCUGAGAGACCCUUCGCUUCGUUAGUGUCGCUUGGCAGGAUGGAAUGUUCCAUUGGGCCAAACGACAAUCGCAAAUAUAUGACGGAGAGUACCACGACGUUACGGCGUACAAGGGAUCGACAUGCUACCCCAAUCGCGUAUUUGAAUACUGAGCAACUCAAUCUCCAUCGCGGAGCUCCCGCGUAGCGAUAGUAUCCAGCCCCUUGACCCUUUGAUUUCAUUCCAGUGGAGGUAUUUCCGCCACAGACCAACAUAUGCGCUCGACAUCACCACGGCUAUUCCGCCCCGUUAAACGACCUCGACCCGGGCAUGUGUCAGCUGGGUACCCUGGGGACACCAAACCUGCGCUAGCCGAAGUAUUACCUCUCCCCCGUCG